UCGUUCCAGCUGCUUAUCGCAUUUAGUACGUUUACAGCGGUCGAGGAUGAUGUGUGCCGACUGCGAGCGCUAGUGAUUCAUUCGAGUGACUAACGAGUGUCACAAGAUGAUUAUGAUGAGGUCUACACCUUCCACGAAGAUCGCCAAGCCGCCGCCGCCGGUCCCUCCCCGCCCCAGCAAGACGCUGGUGGCCGAAGCGCUGGCCAAAACCAGGAAAUUGACGCCCGACGCGCAAAAAACCGCCCCCGUGAGGACGGCGCCGCCGCCGCCGACCAACGAUAUCAACAGGUCCAAGUCGACGGUCAACGUCAACGUGCAAAAGCCGGCGCCCUUCGACAGGUCGAUCUCCGAAGAAGUCAAGUGCAGCACGAGGACCGUCAUCUUUCAGUCGCCGAAAAUCGAACCGGAAAACAAGAAACGCGUCGAAGUCAAGAAGGUCGACAGUUUUCGCGAUGGGAGAGAUAAGGUGGAACGAGCGGAAAGUUUCAAGAACAAAGUGGCGAAGACCGAAAGUGUUAAGAAGGAUAAUGAUGACAAAUCUGGGAGUGCUGAGAACAAACAGUGGGACCAAAUGUUGAACGAUCGCAAUCAUGUGAAUACUUUGAUUGAUGAGAUGUUUGCGAGUGUUUUGGAAGUUUCUGCUAAUGAGGAAGACAAUAAGGUUGUUAUUAAUACGAAUGUCGAAACGAAUUCUCCCACUGUGGUUGUGGUCGAAGACAAUCACAGCAACACGUCGACCGCGGAAAAGAAAAAAGUUCAAUUUGAUGACCGUAUGAAUCACGAACUGUUGAUUUCCGAAUUGGAGAGUAUGAGGUUGGAAGAUGAGAAGAUACUAAAGAGGCAGAGGUUGCCGUCGAAAGACAUUUACAGUAGUAGUGAUAGUGUUGAUGUGUCUAAAAUUCACCAUUCUGACUGGGUGGAAGUGAGUGAUGGACAGGAAGUGCGGUUAUCAAGCUGUCAGAUCACAAUUGAGGAUCUUAAAAAUGAAGAUGACGACAAGAACAAAUUAAAGCUGGACUACGAAAGAAUUAAAACGAUGUCCUCGCUUCACGGCCUACCUCCACUGCCGAAAAGCCUCAGCGGUUUCAAUCUCCUGGACGGCCAGACGAAACCCCCAACCCCCGUAAGAACGACCUCGAUGCGUGGUCAAACCCCUUCAGGACACUUGGUGUAUCCUCCACACCCAAAAAUCAAUGGAACGACUGAAGUAACCCUCACACCAAAUACGGGUAGAAAAUCAACAAAUUUGGACGCGCAGUUGGCGAUCUUGCGACGUGAAAUGUACAGUCUUCGUCAAUUGGACCUGUCGCUCCUGUCGCAGCUGUGGUCCUUAAACGAAUCCAUACAGGACUUUCGUCAGAUAUUGCAGGACCAGGAGGACCGAGUUCUUUCGCCACCGUCACCGUCUCCUACACCUUCCUCUGGGGAUGAGGGUGAUGGCGAUGAAUUUUAUAUGUCUGCGAGUUCGAUGAACUUUCGGACGCCUCCACCGCCUCUGCCGGUCAGAAGACCAAGUAGUUCCUCGAAUGCGUCCAGUCUUGGUUAGGUUAGUGAAUAAUUUAAGGGUUUAAAGAAGAAUGUUACUUUGUUUUUUUAGUAGAUCAAUUUUUUUAACUCACCUUGGACCACUGUUUUUAAAUUUGAGUAUAUUCGAAUGUGUAAGUGAAGUGAAUAAAUUAGGGUAUUUAACAAAUGUAAUGGUAAUGUUGUAACCUUGUGAUAAAAGUCUUGCACUAAUUAAAGUAGUAUUGUACAAAUCUUACCAUAACUGUAAGACUAGAUAAGGUUGAGAGUUGAGUGCGCGCGUUCGCGCGCAUAGCGUCCUGUGUAAUGUACUUGUAGUAUUUUAUUAAUAUCCUAACAUGGACUGAUAUUAAAAUAAAAUGUUUGUAUUUACUAAAA